UGCAGGCUCGAAGGGCCGAAUGGCCUACUCCUGCACCUAAUUUCUAUGUUUCUAUGUUUCUAUCAUAUUGAAUGGUGGUGCUGGCUCGAUGGGGCCGAAUGGCCUACUCCUGCACCUAUUGUUUAUGUUUCUAUGUUUUCUAUGCCCCCUCACAGAACCAGAAACCAACGUCCGAGGAGAUCCAGCUGAUAGCCGACCAGCUGGCAAUGGAAAAGGAAGUGAUAAGGGUUUGGUUUUGCAAUCGGAGGCAGAAGGAGAAGAGAAUUAACCCAGCGAGUAACAGCGGCCUAACCUCCCUCACACACAGCAAACCGCCAAUGUACAGCACUCACAUGGUCUCUCCUCAGGCAUUGAACCUUCCAGUCUCACAAGGCUCCAACAGUCUCAGCACGACAGUGCCAGUGAUGAGCGUUGGCGGAGUGUCACUCUCUGCAGGAGUAACGGGGACUUCACUCUCCACACUCAACACCUCACCUCCCACUCCGCCCAACAGCAUUAACACCACCCACUCCAUGGCCCUCUCAGCCUUGCAAACCAACACAGGAGGUCCCCUGCUGCCUGUAAACCAUGGGAUCAAUGCCUCUCUCAUCGCCGGUAACCCCUUGGCAACCAUCCAAGCGCUGGCCGGCGGUGGGCCUGUGUCGACGGUGGGCCUGGACGGUAGCCUGGUGCUGUCGACCGGCGCCUGCAGCAACACCACCCCCAGCCUCUUCCUCAGCCGCCCCAGCCUGCCGCUGAUGGUGGGCACUUCCUCCGCCCUGGGCCUCCCCUCCCGGCACGGCAAGGCCGGAGCCGGCGCCGCCGCCGCCGGGAACGCCGCCGGGAACGCCGCCGGGAACGCCGCUGAUCCCCGCCUCUCCGCCGGGACCGGCUACGAGUGACCGGGCCGUUUUCCCUCGUCAGCU